AUGAAUGCUAUUAUGACAAGAAAUGGAAGGAUUCUUAAGGAUAAUGUGCCUAAGAGGAAUUUAACUAAGGAAAGCUCAAGUGAUGUUUUGGUUGAUGAUGAAGGAGAUAGAGAGCCUUUAAGUGAGGUUAUAGAUGAGAAACCAUGCGAAAAAGAGAAAGAAAAGGAAGUUGUGAAACCCAACCUUCCUUACCCCCAAAAAUUCAUGAGGCACAAAUUGGAUGAACGAUUUGGGAAAUUUAUUGAGAUGCUUAGGCGACUUCAUCUUACCCUUCCAUUCACCGAUGUUAUUGAUCAAAUGCCGAAUUAUGCUAAGUUCCUAAAAGACAUUUUGAGUGGAAGAAGGACUUGGGAUGCGGUGGAAACGGUUAUCUUAACCGAAAAUUGUAGUGCAAUCAUCAUGAACAAGAUGCCACCUAAGUUGAAAGACCUCGGAAACUUUUCUAUCCCUUGUGUCAUUUAUAAGAUGCAAAUUGAUAAUGCCUUGUGUGACUUAGGAUCUAGUUUUAGACUUAUUCCAUAUUCGGUUUAUCAAAGACUUGAGUUAGGGGAACUUUUUCCUACCAACAUUACCUUGCAAUUGGCCGAUAGAUCAAUUAAGAUUCCAAAGGGUAAGGUAGAGGAUGUUCCUUUGAGGGUAGGAAAGUUUGUGAUUCCGACUGAUUUUGUGGUUCUUGAAAUGGAUGAAGAUGCUAACAUUUCCAUCAUACUUGGUAGACCUUUUCUUGCUACCUCGGGUGCCAUGAUUGAUGUAAAGAGUUCUUAG